UCCUCCCCUGCCGUGAGAAGUGCCAUAUUAAGACGCCCGUCUUUGGCUGGACGGAUUCGCUCGUUUUCUUCUCCCUUCGCUUUCUUCCUCUUUUUUUUUUCCACAUCGAAAUCCGAUGAGCGGGCGAGAGAGAACAAGAGCCGAGAACGAGGGUAACGAAUAGUCGGUCUUCUCCUCUUUGGCCUCUUUGGCUUUGCCUUCGAUUCCUCCACCGUUUUUUCUCUCCCUUUAUUCUCCCCCAUCCCUGCUCUCGGGAAUCCGCCUCUUUGCUUCUUUCCCCACCUCUCGCUCGCUCGCUCGCUCUCCAUCUUUCUCUCAUUAUAUCCCGUUUUCUUCUCGGGAUUCUCGUAAUGGCCGUUCAAGCGCAGUACCCAUCCAACGUUCUGUUUCUCAACACAAGAGGGGAGCAAGAGAGGAAGGAAAUGGAUUACCCCCAGUCCACGCCCGGGUUCCUUGAUCAAUCCGCGGUGUUCUUUUCCAAUGGAGUGAAUGGGAAUCCCAGGAAGAGGGGAAGAGAGGAGCCGGCGGAUCCAAUGGCGGCCCCGGCGCAGCAGAACCGCCCGAUUAGCCUCUUUUCGCUGCAGUCUCAGCCCUGUUCGACGCCUCUUCCGCCCCCGACGCUUAUAAGUCUCGCCCAGCUCCAGAGUCAGGCUCCUCCCAUCGUCUCCACCGGCCUCCGUUUGGCCUUCGAUGACCAACAGCAGCAGCACCAGAACCACAACCAAUCCAGUCUCUUCCUCUCCUCUUCUUCUUCCUCCUCUUCUCCCUUCUCCUACAUCCUCUCCGAAGAGCUCGCCACUCAACUCAACCAACAGAAGGAGGAAAUGGAGCAAUUCCUGCACGCCCAGGGAGAGCAGCUGCGGCGGACCUUGGCAGAGAGGCGGCAGAGACACUACCGGGCGCUGCUGGGCGCGGCGGAGGAGUCGGCCGCGCGGAGGUUACGAGAAAAGGAGGCGGAGGUGGAGCGGGCGGCGCGGCGGAGCGCCGAGCUCGAGGACCGCCUCGCCCGCCUGAGGGCCGAAUCGAUGGCGUGGCAGGCCAAGGCCAUGGCCGAGCAAACCACGGCCGCUUCCCUCCACGCCCAACUGCAGCAAGCGGCCGCCGCCGCCGCCGCGCUGCCCCAGGGCAAGGCGGACGAGCUUGGCGGCGAGUCGCCGGCGGAGGACGCCGAGUCGGCCCACGUCGACCCGGACCGCGUCGACCCGGUGCGGGCGUGCCGCGCGUGCCUGUGCCGGCCGGUCUCGGUGGUGCUCUUCCCCUGCCGCCACCUCUGCCUCUGCUCCGCCUGCGACGCCGCCGCCGGCGAUGCUUGCCCCGUCUGCCGCUGUCCCCGAACCGGAAGCGUCCAAGUCUUCCUCUCUUGAGACCACGAGUCCCGUCACCGAUAUCCAUCGCUGGCCGUCCAAAACAUAACAAAAAGAAAAAAAAUAAAUAAAUAAAGAAAUUUAGAACUAGUAGGGACAAAAAAAAAAAACCCGAAAGUGAAGAGGAAAAGAACUCAUCGUUUUCCUUCUACUGUUGUGAGAUGAGCACCUGUCUCUCUCAGUCUCUCUCUUGUUUUUUUUUUUUCCUGUUUUUGGAAAGAUUCAAUUUAUAUAUUAAUUCUUUUAUUGGGUGCAAA